CUUCCACCUAUUCUUCCAAGCCCCCACCACGCCAAAUGAUUUAGCUAAAAAAGUUCAACCUUGUUGGAUUAUAUGGCGGACACGCACGGGCAACACCAUUUGACAAGUGGUGUUUAAAAAAAGGAUUUAAAAGAAAGACAAAACAACAACAACAACGACAAACAACAACAAGAUCAGAGAGAAACCUGGCUAAGCCUCCUCGAUCUGUGGAGUUUCAGCUGAAGUCACCUUCAUUUCACCAUGGCUGAGGAAGAACCGCAAGGUGCAGAAGUGGAGUCUAUACCGCAACCCCCUGCCCCCCAGGCCAAUGGAUUCCUUAAGAACCUGAGCAGGCCGGUCCAGUUGGUCAUCAUCAUUGCCCUGGUCCUGUCCUGGUCAGCCGCUGGCCUCUAUAUGUUUGACUUUGUUGAUGACAACCAAAUAGCCGCUUUUCAAGAAUUAAGCACGAAUCCCGCAGCGGUAGCCAACAUGGUGUCUGAUGCUGUUUUCAACGCUCCAGAGAAUAUACGAAACUCGGAACUCCUAAAGUCUGGCGGUCUACUGAUGGAGGACAUACGAGAGGGCAUGAAGGGGGUUGUUGUCAGCGCUUUUGACAUCUUUGAAGGAACAAUACACACAGUGACCUACUAUCCAGACAAGAUAUUAAGCGGAGCAGCGCAUGCAAUCAAAUACGUGACAAGCAUGACGCCUAAAGAGGCCCCUCUCAGCCUGGACUCUCUGCAGUCUGGUGGUGCAGUAAUGGAGACCAUGCGAGAUGGAAUGAAGACUGUCGUUGUCUUCGUAUUUGACAUCUUCGAAGGAACACUCAACGCGGUGACCUACUACCCUGAGAAGAUUCUGGGCGGAGCAGUCGAUGGGAUCAAAUAUGUCGGGAGUGUGGUUUCUGUGCCAGGCCUCCUUGCUGCCCCUAAAGUGUGGGUAUCAUAUCCAAUGGAUGCCAUCACAUAUGCAACUGAAGGAAUCACAAACUUGAACAAAAAUGUCUUUGGCAUGUUCAAGGGCAGUGAAGAAGUAAGCUUUGAUCCCAUGAAAGUUGUGAGUGAUGCGGUCGAGGAGAUCACCGAUAAGAGGAACACCUUUUUGUCUUAUCUGUCCAACGUACUGAUGCAGGACAAAGAUGACGCACCACCAAUGACAAGGAGGAAAGGGGAAUUUCUGCCUCCAAUGGAAAAAGUUCUUGAACAAGAAAAGCUAUCCAAGCAACAGCGGACGAGAGAAGAAGUAUACAAAGUUAUUCAAGAGCUCAAAGCCUCCAAAGCAGAAAAAGAGGCAGUUAUGUUAAAACUUGAAACCAUACAAGAGGACAAGAAGAGAGGCAAAAAAGAGCCUGCACCUCCACCUGUGAAGGAAAAAGAUGAACCAAAACCUGCACCCACAAAGGUGCAAGCUAAACCAAAAUCUGAUAAAGAGAAACCUAAACAAGAGCCCCUUAUGGAAAAGGCCAAGUCAGAGCCUGAAAAGGUUAAAGCCAAGCCGGAAUCCAUAAAGGAGAAAGUCAAACCAGAACCUAUUCACGAUAAGGUUGAACCCAAGAAAGAGAAACCUAGGCCAGAAUCUCCAAAGGCCAAGGCUAAACCUGAGCCAACAGCAGAGAAGGCAAAGCCAGAACCGAAAAAGGAGAAAGCUAAGGAAGAACCUAUCAAAGAGAAAGCUAAGCCUGAACCUGUAAAGGAGAAAGCUGAGCCUAAGCCCAAAAAGGAAACACCUACGCCUGAACCUGAAAAGGAAAAGGCUAAGAAAAAACCUGUAAAAGAAACGGCAAAACCAGAACCCACAAAGGAGGAGGUUAAGCCAGAAGUAAUAAAGAAGAGCAUUAUAACACCAAAAGAAAAGGCUAAGAAAGAAGCCAUGAAGGAGAAAACUGAGCCUAAACCAACAAAGGAGAAGGCUAAAGUAGAACCCAAAGCAGUUAAAGAGAAGCCUGAACCAGCUAAAGGAAAGGAUAAGCCAGAACCUGUGAAGGAGAAGGCUAAGCCCAAACCUAUCACUGUGAAGGAGAAGCCUGCACCAGAACCUGUGAAGGAGAAGGUUACACCAAAGCCUGCACCUGAGAAAGAGAAGGCCCAGAAAGAACCUACAAAGGAAAAGGCUAAGCUUGAAGUGAAGCCAGAACCCUCUAAGGAGAAGGUUAAGCCAGAACCUGUAAAGGAGAAAGCUAAACCUGAAUCUGUAAAGGAGAAAGAAAAGCCACAGACUAAAGCUAUAAAGGAGAAAGUAACACCAGAGCCCGUAAAGAAAGAAAAAGUUCAAAAAGAACCCGCUAAAGAAAAGACUAGGCCAGAGACUGUAAAGGAGAAAUCUAAGCCUGAAGCUGACAAGGAGAAGGCCAAGCCUGAACCCUCAAAGGAAAAAGUGAAGGCAGAACCUUUGAAGGAGAAGGCUAAGCCCAAGCCCGUCAAGGAAAAAGCUAAACCAGCACCUCCUAAAGAAAAAGCUAAGCCAGAACCUGCAUCUGUAAAGGAGAAGGCUAAACCUGAACCUGCCGCUGUAAAGGAAAAGGCUAAGCCAGAACCUGUGAAGGAGGAAAUUAAGGCUGUACCUUUGAAAGAGAAGGCUAAGGCAGAGCCCAUUAUGGAAAAGGUUAAGCCAGAACCAACUAAAGAGAAAGUUAAGCCUGAACAUCCUAAGGAAAAAGCUAAGGAGGAGAUUAAGGAAGUAUCCGUGAAAGAUAAACCUAAGCCUGAACCAACAAAAAUAAAGACUAAGCCAGAACCAGUGAAGGAGAAGGCUAAGCCCGAACUAGCAAAGGAAAAGGCUAAACCAGCUCCUGUGAAGGAGAAAGUUAAGCCAGAACCAGUGAAGGAGAAGGCUAAGCCUGAACCAGCAAAGGAGAAGGGUAAACCAGAACCAGCAAAGGAAAAGGCUAAACCAGAACCUGUGAAGGAGAAGGCUAAGCCAGAACCUGUGAAGGAGAAGGCUAAAGCAGAAUCUGUGAAGGACAAGGCAAAACUUGAACCUGUGAAGGACAAGGCUAAAGCAGAAACCACACCCAUAAAGGAGAAGGCAAAGCCAGAACCUGUGAAGGAAAAGGUUAAACCGGAACCUGUGAAGGAGAAAGCUAAGCCAGAACCGGUGAAGGAGAAGGCUAAACCACAACCUGUGAAGGCUAAACCUGAACCAGCAAAGGAAAAGGCUAAGAUGGAACCUGUGAAGGAGAAAGUUAAGCCACAACAUGUGAAGGAAAAGUCUAAACCAGAACCUGUGAAGGAAAAGGCUAAACCAGAAGAUGUGAAGGAAAAGGCUAAACCAGAUCCUGUGAAGGAAAAGGCUAAAUCAGAACCCACACCUGUAAAGGAGAAGGCUAAGCCCAGAGCUGUGAAGGAAAAGGCUAAGCCAGAACCUGUGAGGGAGAAGGCUAAACCAGAACCCACACCCACAAAGGAGAAGACUAAACCUGCACCUGUAAAGGAUAAGGCUAAACCAGAACCCACACAUGUAAAGGAGAAGACUAAACCUGAACCUGUGAAGGAGAAAGCUAAACCAGAAGCUGUAAAAGCUAAGCCCAAACCUGUAAAGGAGAAAGCUAAGCCAGAACCUGUGAAGGAGAAGGCUAAACUAGAACCCAAACCUGUAAAAGAGAAGGCUAAGCUUGAAUCUACGAAGGAGAAGACUAAACCAGAAGCUGUAAAAGCUAAGCCCGAACCUGUGAAGGAGAAAGCUAAGCCAGCCAAAACAGUUAAAGAGCCUGAGGAACCAAAAGAAAAGGCCAAAGCAGUUCCUGCUGUAAAAGCACCUGAUGUUCGAAAAGAAAAAGCCAAACCUCAAAAGAAAGAGCCCAAGGUCCCACAGAAGGAAACCAAACCAGCAAAGAAAAAACCCAAGGUUCCAGAGGUCAAGGCCAAACCACUCAAGAAAGAAGCUGAGGUUCCUAAAGAGAAGGCUAAGAAACCAGCGACUGUGAAAGAAACAACGGAAAAACCAAAACCGCUGCCAAAGAUAGUUCUUCCAGUACCUAGAGCAAAACCAGCACCAGCAACAAUAGAGUCUCUGAAGAACAUCACCAAAAUAAUUUCAGGAAAGAAAGAACCCGAACCUCCAAAGGAGAAGGCCAAACCUGCUACAAAAGAGCCUGAAGCUCCGAAAGAGAAGGCCAAACCAGCUAAGAAAGCAGAGCCUGAGGUUCCAAAGGAGAAAACCAAACCAGUCACUAAAGAACCUGAGGUUCCAAAGGAGAAAGCCAAACCAGUCACUAAAGAGCCUGAACCUCCAAAGGAGAAGGCCAAACCAGCUAAGAAAGAGCCUGAACCUCCAAAGGAGAAGGCCAAACCAGCCAAGACAGAACCUGAACCUACAAAGGAGAAGGCCAAACCAGCCAAGAAAGAACCUGAGGUUCCAAAGGAGAAACCCAAACCAGCCCAGAAAGAACCUGAGGUUCCAAAGGAGAAACCCAAACCAGCCAAGAAAGAACCUGAGGUUCCAAAGGAGAAAGCCAAACCAGUCGUAAAAGAACCUGAGGUUCCAAAGGAGAAAGCUAAGCCCUUAAAAGAGCCACAACCUCCCAAGGAGAAGGCCAAGCCAGCUCCGAGAGAGUCUAAACCUCCAAAGGAGAAGGCCAAACCAGCCAAGAAAGAGCCUGAGGUUCCAAAGGAGAAAGCCAAACUAGUCGUAAAAGAACCUGAGGUUCCAAAGGUGAAAGCCAAGUCAGCUUUGAAAGAGCCUGAACCUCCAAAGGAGAAGGUCAAACCAGCCACGAAAGAACCCGAGGUUCCAAAGGAGAAAGCCAAGGCUGCACCAGGAAAGAAAGAAGCUGAGGCUCCAAAAGUGAGAGCUAAGCCAGCUCCACCAGCGAAAGAACCUGAGAUGCCAAAGGAGAAGGCUAAGCCUAAGAAAGACCAAGAAGUUCCAAAGGCAAUAGUCAAGCCUGCCCCAGCAGUAAAAGCGCCUGUACCUCCAAAAGAAAAGGCCAAACCAACCAAGAAAGAACCAGGACCACCCAAGGAGAAGGCCAAGCCAGCUAGGAAAGAACCUGAGGUUUCAAAGGAGAAAAUCAAACCUGCAAAGAAGGAACCUGAGGCUCCAAAGGAAAAAGCCAAACCUGAAUUCACAAAGAAAGAAUUUGAUUCUCUGAAAAAUAUUACAAAAGCAACACCACCAAAGCGAGAACGCAAAGUUAUAAUGGAGAAAGCUAAACCAGCCAAGAAAGAACCAGUGGUGCUGAAAGAAAAACCAAAACAUGUUCCAGUGAUUAAAGAAGUAGAGAUUCCAAAGAAGGCUAAACCCACAAAGAAAGAGCCCGAGGCACCAGUAGAAGUUGUUGUACCAGCACCUACAAAGGAUGAACCAGCCAUAAUGGACGGCCUUGGAGUGGAGGAGGAGGACGACAUCCCCUACUUCCAGUGCUUCUUUGUGGAUGAGGAGGACACACACUACCCAUUCUUCCCAUUCUCGCCACCACAAUUAUGAGACUACCCCAUCCACGGACGACCAUGGAGAUCCCAGGACUUGUGGAAGUAGCUUGGUGGAGAGUCAAGUCACAUGAUUACCUUUAUCGCUGGACUGGGCUGUGCGAGAGCAACCACUGGUUCGACACGUCUAACACGACAGCUGCUGUCCAUCAGCAAAACUGGUGAAUGGCGAAUGGUGGUAACAGUUUUGUUUGUACACCUCAGUAUGCUUUUAACAGACCACGGAAGCAGGAGAGACCAUCUUUUUCCCUAGUGUAAAGACCUUAAACAUUAUUUGUGUUAGUAUUUUAGAAAAGCUUUUGUUUAGUUGUUACAGUGGAGUGUAGGAAAGGUCAGGAUGUCAUUUAAAUAAAAGCCUUGUCUUACUUGAAUCUACAUUUGUCUUGACAAUGGCUAAAUAGUUUCAAUGUAAGUCUGUACAUGUAGCAAUAUUCGUUUUUUUGUGCUGCAACAUGUAGUCAUAAAAUGUUUAAGCAAUUUUGAAAACACUAACAAAGUUGGAAACAUUGAAGUUGAGGGACCUGAACGACCAGCAAAAGAGCAAAGCUGAGUGUUCCUGGAGCUCCUUCAUGUUUUAUGUGUCUACUGCUCUGCUUUCCUGUUCAGAUCAGGAGAGGGUGGCGCUGUGACUCCGCAAGAGCUACCGUAGGUGUCUAUCGACCACCAUAUUAUUACUACCUGACAACCCCUUUGUGGGUGUGUAUAACAGUAUGUCUGUGACUGCACAGAUUAAGAAGUCUUAUUUCAACAUCUAACGAUAGGAUAACUGUCGACAUGCUCCUCAUUUUGACAGGGUGCUGAUUCGAAGAAUUCCAUUAUAUUAGCCGUCAGAAUGAGGUUUUCUUUUUUUUGAUAUUGUUUUCUUUUAUUUCCUUUCUUUUGUCCUCACAAAGUUUCAAUCAACUUGAAGUUAUAUUUAACAAAUUUACACAAUUCUGAGGUCAAAGUUUUUCCUUUUUUUGUAACAACAAGCAAUGUUUUUUAUAGUAUCUUGAGCCUUUGAAAAUACAGUGGCAGCAAAACAAUUUCUUUCGUCACAUAAUAUCAAGGCCAUAUUUCUGAUCUUGUUGAUUAAGCCGCACAAACUUCCUGUUUGCUUAAUUACAAACCAAUUUCAUGAUUCAUAUUUUUAUUCAAAUUGCAGAUGGUGCAACAAUUUAAUACAUUUAACAGAGAUAGGACUGAUGCACUGCAUGUGGUAGAGACCAGGUCUGGAGGAGUAAAGUCUUUUUUUUUCAAUUCCACAGACCAAAUGUCAUUUAGAGCUAAUAUAAACAUUUUUAAACACAUUAAAACACAUUUUUAAACACAUUAAAACAAAUGUUUAAUUGUAAAGUUGCAUACAGUAUGUAAGAAAGAAAUAUAAAUAUUUAAUGAUAAUAUCAAUUAUUUUAUAUAUUUUACUUUUUAUUUUUUAUAAUAUCUUAUAAGGAGACCUGUAAAGAAGAAUAUACUAUUUCGCCUUUUUCCAAGGACAUAUCUCAAAGCUAGAUUUGAUGAUUUUGCUCAUGUUGAGAUUUUACUGGCCAACAAGAAAAUACUUUCAAUUCAAGCGAUGUUAGGUCUCAAUGGCCUAAUUAUGGGCAUAAAGGGCCUAACAUUGAGAUAUAGCCUAUAUUCUUUUUUGCUUUUUUGUUUGUUUGUUUUUGUUUUUCAAUGAGAUCAAAAGUCAUAUUUCAUUUAAUCCAUCAAAUCUAAGAAGUAUUUAGUUAUUUUCCUUCUUUCUAUUUUAGUUAGACAAAGCAAAUGAGGUGACAAUUGAAUGAGGCCACAUUAUGAGCACAAUAACGCAUUGUAGAAUUAGAGCAUGAAAUGCGAACGCCGUUCACUCUUCCUGUGUCCCUGUACAGCAUCAUAGCGUAAACCGGUGGCUCCCAAACUUUUCAUGGCAGGCCGCCCUUUCACAAUGGCAAGGAAUAAUGAAUGAAUAAAUGAAUGAACUACUUUUCGGGUUCCAGAUCCUAACCAACUUGUCAGGUUCCGAACCAAUUUAUUUUUGGUCAAAAUGCUUUGAAUAAUUCAACAUCUGGAGCAUGAACCAGAAUGGAGACAAUUCUCUGUUGUCGGAGGACGCCUAUUUGGGAACCACUAAUGUAGACAAUACACCUUUAUAGCAUACUGAUGAUGCAGUAAUAUGCUUUUGGUAUGUCAACACAGUAUUGUGCGAUUUGAGAGGGCAUGUAGGCCUACAAGGCAACAAAUGACAGGGACCAUACAGUGAGUGUAUCAGCCUACAUUGAGACAGCCACUUAUGAUAGUGCAAAUGAUUGGCCAGGACAAUAUGACUCUUUACAUAUAUCUUUUUUUUAAAUCUUUUUUCUUUUUAAAUUAAUUUCUGUUUUUGUAUUCAUUCUUAUAAGGACAUAAUAAUCUAAUAGUGUUUGCCUGGACAUGACUUCUCACGUCCUGAGCAAAUAUGUCAGUCAUCCUGACACAGACCAUAUACCGGAUCUGUGCGGUGUGUCCGUUUCGUCACAGGCUUUAAGGGGAAAAAACAUGGCUGCUAACAAAAUAUGACACGGUAAUGCUGACGGUUUGUGGUUGUAAACAGAUUCAGGAUAGCAUUUUGAGGGCCGUGACAUGGUGGGUAUACAGGCCAUACUGUACCAACACAGUCUAUGUGUAUCUGAGUAUUCGGCUGGCGUGAAACUAGCUAACUUACAUGUCUUUGAUCACUUAAGCAUACAGAGAACAUCAACAUGCAAAAUGCAUUUUGAACUCAUACUGUAAAUCAAUGCAAGUGACACAAAAAGUGCUAGAAAGCUGGAUGUCCAUAUUGUGAAUAUCUUUACAUAAGUGACACCAAACCUUUCAUGCCAUGAUAGUGACCUUGUUGUAGCCCUCGAUGUUAAUCUUAACAGAUUUUGUUUACACAACUGUAUGAGAAAAAGUUCAGAUGGAUAUGUUUACAUUACCUCAACGAGAUAUUUUCUCACAGUACUGAAUGAAAUACCAUGAAAAAAUGGUCUGAUGUUAGACUACACUAUCUUGUUUAUUGUUAUAACGGUCAUUUACACAUUUUAUGAAUAUCAAAGUAUUAGAAUGACAACAUUAUGGUUGUGAUGUUACAAUAAUGUUUUGUGUUGUUGAUGUAAUAUUAUUACGACUAAGUGGGGACAGGAAACCCAAUAAGGCCAAGAGUCAUCUGUCGAGACAUUGUCAUGCCAACGCUUGAGCGAUGAGCAUGUUGAUAGCUCUAUGCUCAAUGUUGUGCUAACUUUCUGACCAGUGGUCAACUGAAUGGUCUCGUACUACAGUAUGUCUGAAAUGUAUGAAAAAAAAGCAUAUCUUUUGUUGUCAUCGAAAGUCUGAUUACAAAUAAGAGCAUGUUUUUCAACAACCAUGCUUACUUAUUUUAUGGCUUUUGUGCCAGUUUAGACACACUACUGAUGAACGAUUUUAAAUGAACAUGGAAUGCUACUUGUAUUAUUUGAACAAGUAGCCUGAUCAACUGCAUGGUGUGAUACUUUUGUGCUUGUAAACAUGCUAACCAACUGAGUUAAAGCAUUACUAGAAUCAGGUGUGUUUAAACUGGAGUAAUGUGUAUAAGUUUGCCACGACUUACAGAGAAUAACCCAGGGAUUUGUGUUCAGCUUUUUAAUUCUGAUUCUUGUGCAUCCUUUUGUGUGAAAUAUUUGCCAUAUUAUAAUAAGAUAUAAUAUAAUAUUUAGAUCCAUUGGGGUACAGUAACAUAGGUACCCAUAGUUUUUCCUUAGGCCUUGAAGUUUUGGCACUGUGUGUUGCAUACAAAUUCAGUGUACUCCGGUUGCAACAGUAUGUCUUAGCACGAAGCACUUACAAUAAGGAGGAUAGUGUACAUCCCUCCUUCAUGUCUUCACCUUUCGGAAGAUAAUUUAGCAAGAUCUUCUUACACAUAAAGAUUGAUUCAACCUGGUGUGAUAGUGCAUGUAGCCUACAUGUUGCAAUAGCCAGUACAAGAUGUGUGGCAAGGCUUAUGGUCACUUCAAUCAUUGUCCUACAAGUGGCAUAUAAAUUCAAAGGCUAUCAGGUUUUUUGUCAGUUGUCAAUAUUGCACUUUAUAUGCCGGUUUGAACCUGUUGCAAUGGGGCCAGUUGCCUCCCCACUACCCAUAAACUCAUGUAUUUGACUCCCCCCUUUUAAAAGCAAGAAUCAGAACUUCACAUAAUACCAAAACAGAGCAAAGUUGUUGAUUGAGCUCAUUAGUUGAGUUAUGGCUAUGUUGAAAUCUGUCAGAUAUGUCUAAUAAACUUCUCUGUAGUGAAAAUGA